UCUGAGCUCCGAUAGUUUAAUGGAAAGAUUUAUAUACCGGCUGUAUUAUUUACUUUGGGAGGGGAGGUGGCAGUAUAAGGGUAUGCUAAUUAGUAGGAGAUUUUGGGGGGAAGGGGUGGAAUAUCAAUUUUUAUUGCAUCACCUGUCAGGAGUGUCCAAUCAGCGUUGGCUUUAGGGGAAUUAAUUGAUGAAGGUGUCUCCGGACGAGCUCACUUCACUCUGUCAUUUUAUUUGUAGCUAAAGCAGCGGCGGGAAUAGCAGCUGCAUUUCUUUUCUCUUUCUCCCUUCACAUUCCAUUAUCAUAGUGCUCCAAUGGAGAAAGAAGGAGUAGCGGGGCCCAGGUACUGAUCCGCAUCGAGGACUCAGACCAACACACUGGCAGAUCUGAAACCGGAUGGUCUUUUCCCUCUUUUUUAAAAAAACGAAAACCAAAAAAAAAGCGAGAAUCAAGUCAGUGUAAUUUCAUGGGGUUUUUCUCCUCCCCCCCCCAGUAAUUCGCCUAGAGUUUGGCACUCCCUUCGCCGGGAAUAACAGUCUUUGUUAUUUUAUUAGCAGGAUGCCUUGAGACACACGCAGCAUCUGGCGGAGGAUUAACAUACAUACAUGUGUAUGUAUGCGUCACGUAUAUAUUUACUGCAAAUGGUGGGGAUCAUUUAGUGCCCGAGAUGGGAGACCUGAAGUCAGGUUUCGAAGAGGUGGAUGGCGUGAGGCUCGGCUACCUCAUCAUUAAAGGAAAGCAAAUGUUUGCUCUCUCCCAAGUCUUCACAGAUCUGCUGAAAAACAUCCCGAGGACGACCGUGCACAAGCGCAUGGAUCAUCUGAAAGUGAAAAAGCACCACUGCGAUCUGGAGGAGUUGCGGAAACUCAAAGCAAUCAACAGUAUCGCCUUCCACGCGGCCAAAUGCACGCUCAUCUCCCGGGAAGACGUAGAAGCGCUCUACACCUCCUGCAAAACCGAGCGUGUGCUCAAGACCAAGCGAAGGAGGGUCGGUCGGGCCCUGGCCACAAAGGCGCCGCCGCCAGAGCGCGCCGCCGCCGCCAGCCCCCGCCCGGCUUUUUGGAAGGACAAGCACCAACUUUGGCGGGGCCUGAGCGGAGCCGCGCGGCCCCUGCCAAUCAGCGCGCAGUCCCAGCGUCCGGGCGCCGCCGCCGCGCGCCCCGCCGCCCAUCUACCUCAGAUUUUUAGCAAAUACCCUGGCUCGCACUACCCGGAGAUCGUUCGCUCGCCUUGCAAACCCUCUUUAAACUAUGAAACUGCCCCGCUCCAGGGAAACUACGUCGCUUUCCACUCGGACCCGGCUUAUUUUCGGAGCCUGCUGUGCAGCAAGCACCCGGCCGCAGCCGCCGCCGCCGCCGCCGCCGCUGCCGCCGCCGCCGCCGCCGCCGCCUACUACCAGGCGGCGGGCCCCAGCCCAAAGGCGGCGACCGGCGCCGGAGGCCCGGUGAGCCUGACCUACCGCUGCAAGCGCAAGCGCGGGGGCGCCAAGAACUGCCUGCUCGCGCCUCACGCCGGCGCCUGGCGCCUGCUGCUGCUGCCCAGGUCCUACAAAGCCAAGGCGGCGGCGGCGGCGGCAGCAGCGGCGGCGGCGGCGGCGGCGGCCGCCGGAGCCACUUGCUUGGAGAGGUUUCAUCUGGUCAACAGCUUCUGCCCGCCUCCUCACCACCACCAUCACCAUCACCACCAUCACCACCACCACCACCACCGGGCCCAGCAGCCAACGCCGAGUCACCACCCCCCUCACCACCACCGGCCGCAGCCCCAUCUAGGAAGCUUUCCCGAGAGUUGUAGCAGCGACUCCGAGUCCAGCUCCUACUCGGACCAUGCAGCCAAUGACUCGGAUUUUGGCUCCAGUUUGUCCAGCUCCAGCAACUCCGUGUCCUCAGAGGAAGAGGAGGAGGAAGGAGAGGAGGAGGAGGAAGAGGAGGAGGAAGAGGGGGGCAGCGGGGCCUCUGAUUCCAGUGAAAUCAGCUCGGAGGAGGAGGACUCAUCCACCGAGUCAGACUCCAGCUCCGGGUCCAGCCAAGUGUCAGUGCAGAGCAUCCGUUUCAGGCGCACCAGCUUCUGCAAGCCUCCCAGCGUGCAGGCGCAGGCCAACUUCUUGUACCAUCUGGCCUCCGCCGCCGCUGCAGCCAAACCCGCUGCUUUCGAGGAUGCCGGCCGACUUCCCGACCUCAAGAGUAGUGUCAAAGCCGAGUCGCCAGAGGAGUGGAAUCUGCAGAGCUGGGCUCCCAAAGGGGCUCCGGUGUACUGCCCGGCCAGCAUGGGGAGUUGUUUCCCAGAGAUAAGAAACGAUAGGGUAUCUGAGAUUACAUUCCCACACUCUGAAAUUUCCAGUACUGUAAAGAGAACUGACCUGACAAUUAACUGCCAGGCAGAGGGGGCCUCUUCACCUAGCCCAAAGACAAACAAUGUAUUUCCACAACAAAGAAUACUCCGAGAGGCUAGGAAAUGCCUACAAGCAACUCCUACUACACACUGUGCAGAAAACAGCACAAUGGCUGCUAGGUUCUUAAAUAACGAUCCUUGUGGAACAGCAGCAAAUUCAGGAAAAGAUUCCAAAAUCCCUCAUUGUCCUGAAUUUGCCACGGAUUUGCCCUCUCCUCAGACUGAUCCCGGAGUGGAUGCAGCAGCAGCAGCAGCAGCAACAGCAGCAGCAGCAGCAGCAGCAGCAACAGCAACUAAAGCUGAGAGUCUCUGCACUGACACAGGCGACAAGACAUUGCCAUUUCUGCACAAUAUUAAAAUCAAAGUAGAAGACAGUAGUGCUAAUGAAGACUAUGAACCCGAUCUUAUAACAAGUGAGCUAAAGUGGGAGUGCAAUGAUACAGAGGGUGAGUUUUACAGUGUGACUGAGAAGAAAGAGGAGGACGCCUUGGUACCCACAGCCAAGGAAGGCUUUGCAUGCCCUGAGAAAGAAACUCCUUCCUUAAAUCCCCUGGCUCAGAGUCAGGGCCUUUCAUGCACUUUAGGAUCUCCAAAACCUGAGGAUGGGGAAUAUAAAUUUGGUGCCAGGGUGAGGAAAAAUUACCGGACACUAGUACUGGGCAAACGACCAGUCCUUCAGACACCUCCAGUCAAACCAAAUUUGAAAUCAGCUAGAAGCCCUCGUCCUACAGGUAAAACUGAGACACAUGAAGGAACACUGGAUGACUUUACAGUUUUAAACAGACGCAAAAAGGUAGCCAGCAAUGUAGCAUCAGCAGUGAAAAGGCCGUUUAAUUUCAUGGCAAAUUUUCCUUGUCCACCAUCACUCAUUAUUGGGAAGGAUGGGGAUUUGUGGCCAGCGUAUUCCUUAAACACCACUAAGGAUUCCCAACCUCCUCACAAGGCCCAUCCUAUAUGGAAAUGGCAGCUGGGCGGUUCUGCAAUACCUCUUCCACCUAGUCACAAAUUCAGGAAAUUUAAUUCAUAAAAAAAAAUGUUUUGGAAGAUAUUUUCUCGAACCAUAUUACCUUCCUUUUGUUGUAAGCUGCACAGGAUGGCUUGUACCAAGUCCAUUAAUGGUGUUACACCCCUUUUGGAGUCCUGGUUUAUCGCAUUUUGAAGACAGAAAUCGGAUUACU